AUGUCUUCAACUCACCCAGUUGCUCUUUAUGCUGUGAAGGUGCCGCCAGGCGGUAUCAUGAUACCUGCCGGAGCAGAUGCCUCUGCUAUGUUCCGCGUCACAAUGGCUGCUAUCGACCCCGAUGCUCCACCUGAGUUUGAUGCCGAGACGGAGGGCAAGCCACCACGUGCGACAUUGAAGAUCGUCCGCCCUCCUGCAGGAAUGGAUCUUGAGGAUGAUUCGGACGAUGAUGAUUAUGAGGAUGGUGACGAGGAUGAAGACAUGGAAGAUUCGGAGGACGAGUCAAAUGGAGGACCUAGUGACCCUGCCAAGUUGAAGCAAGCUAGACAAGCGGCUGCAUUGAAAGAUUCUGAUGAUGACGGCUCAGAUGGAGAGGAUGUCGACCUCAAAGCCGCUAUUUCGAAGUUAAUAAAGGGUAAAGAUAGGGCUACUGGGGAUGAUGACAGUGACAGUGACGUUUCUGAGGGACUGGAAAUGGAAGAGGUCGUUGUUUGCACCCUUGAUCCUACAAAGACCUGCCAACAACCCCUUGACUUCGUCGUUGGAGAGCACGAACGCAUCUUUUUCAAGGUCACUGGUACCCACUCUGUUUACAUUACUGGUAACUAUGUCAUGCCCACUCAUGAUCACGAAGAUAUGGACGAUAGUAGUGAUGAGGAUGACGAAUAUGACGACUGCGAUCUUAGUCCUGAUGAAGACGAAUUGGAUCUGAUGGCUGAGGACGAAGAGAGCGAUGAGCUGGAUGAUAUAGAUGAUCCCCGUAUCACGGAGAUUGACUCUGACGAAGAGGAAGCUGAAAAGGCUGCCGCCAAGAAGAAGGGAAAGAAACGCCCCGCCGAAGAUUCCGGAGAUGAAGGUGCUAACUUGGACGACCUCAUGUCAAAAGCUCUCAAAUCGGGAUCCCAGCCAACUACUAACGGCGUGACAAAGCUUAGCAAGAAGCAACAGAAGAAGUUGAAGAAAAACAAUGGCGAAGCCGUGGAGAUCCCGGUAAAGACAUCAGAGCCGGCCAAGUCCGACAAAAAAGUUCAAUUUGCCAAAAAGCUUGAGCAAGGCCCUACUCCUUCACCUCCUAAGAAGGAUGGUGAGAAGAAGGAUGGAGAGAAGAAGACACCUGCUACCGGCACCCUCGGCGUCAAGGAGGUCCAAGGAGUCAUACUUGAUGAUAGGAAGCUUGGAUCUGGCCGUGUUGCCAAGAAAGGAGAUCGGGUAUCCAUGCGAUAUAUCGGAAAACUUGAAAAUGGCAAGGUUUUUGAUGCAAACAAAAAGGGGCCACCAUUCUCCUUUAAGCUUGGCAACGGAGAAGUGAUCAAAGGCUGGGACAUCGGUAUCCCCGGCAUACAUUAA